AUGAUAAGGCGUGAAGCUACCACUUUGACUCUCUCACAAACUGAUAUUAAUGAUCUUGUUGAUGAGUUAGAAGAGCGCAAGCUGCAAAGAAUAAUAAAUAAACAGAGGGACAGAGUACUUCGAACAUCAACGAAGUUAGAGAGUGGAUCUGAAGAUACCCGGUUGGCGAGCCGAGAUAACAACGAUGAUGGCAUAGCAUUGCAGUAUAAUAACGGUGAUGAGUCUCUAGAGGAUGCUGUACCCAUUGACUCUUUCAUAAAUGCAAGUCCACUAGACAAUAAGACUAUGCAUCGCACAGUAAACUUUGAUCAGGGACUCAAUGUGUCGUUAGGAAGUUUUGCUCAAAACACCACUUCUAACUCUAACUGGCAAGGUAACAGUCAGAGCGGGACCUCUGAAACUGAAGCUGGUUCAACACAGUCAAAUCCAUUUUAUCGAGGGUGA